AUGUCCGAGAGGGACAAGAUGCUCCGUGGGGAGAUGUACCGUGCCUUUACUCCGGAUCUAAUCGCUGCUCGGGCUCGCUGCACCCGUGCAUGCCACCGGUUUAACAAUGCGUGCAACGUUCCUCGACGACGGCUCGUUGAGCUUUGGAAAGAUAUUGUGGAAGAUAAGAGCCCCAUCCCGCCCUCCAAGGAGGAUCCAACAGAAGACGAUGCGCUCUUUGCGCGUUACCCUUGGAUCGAGGCACCCAUUCGAAUGGACUAUGGGUUUAACGUGAGGGUGGGCGAAGGUGCCUUUAUUAAUAUGAACUGCGUUAUUCUUGAUACAUGCCUGGUUACGAUUGGGGCGCGGACCUUAUUUGGACCCAAUGUACAUGUGUAUAGUGGAACGCAUCCUCUAGACCCGGAGCUGCGCAAUGGAACCCAGGGCCCUGAAUUUGGGAAAGAGGUUCAUAUCGGCGAUGAUUGUUGGAUCGCGGGCAAUGUGACUAUCCUCCCCGGAGUGACGAUUGGUAAAGGCGCUGUAGUCGGAGCUGGAAGCGUGGUCACGAAGAAUGUUCCCGCUUUUCAUGUGGCCGCAGGAAACCCUGCGAGGAUUAUUCGCAAAAUCGAAACGGCUAUGGCAGAAUAG